GUAAAAUGUUAAAUGCACAUGUGAUCCCAUGUGGUCGUUUUUAAACUCACAGUGUUUGUAAACAAAUAAUAUGAAAUUUAUUAUAUAUUUAUUGCUUUAAUUUGAUUGAAAAUAAUAAAUUUGUGAAAAAUGAAAUGCAAUUACAAGUUUAGCAAUUUGCUUGGGACGGUUUACUCUACCGGAGAUUUAAUCUUCUCAAGUGAUGGAACAUCUGUGAUUAGUCCGGUUGGAAAUCGUAUAACAGUUUAUGAUUUGAAAAAUGAUAAAUCUACAACUCUUCCUUUGGAGAGUAAAUAUAAUUAUAAUGCUCUGGAUUUGUCACCAAACGGAUGUAUAUUAAUUGCAGUAAAUGAAGAGGGUGAUGCACACUUUAUAAGCAUGAUUAGUAAAAAGAUAAUUCACAAACAUCGUUUUAAGCGACGUGUGAGGAGUGUAAAAUUUUCUCCAGAUGGUAAACAUUUUGCUGUUUGCAAAGAAAAUAAUGUAUUUAUAUUUAAAUUUUCUGCAUAUGAAUUCGAAAAUUAUAAGCCAUUUAUAAUGGAACGCGUUUACACUGGAGCAACAGAUGAUACAACAUGUAUGGACUGGUCUUUCGAUUCAAAAUUAUUGUCAGUUGGUGCGAAAGAUAUGACAACUAGAUUAUAUAGUAUUGAUAAAGAAAUAAAUAUAAAAAGUUACACAUUCACUAGUCAUUCUGACGUAAUUGUUGGAUGCUUUUUCGAAAAGGAAAAUUAUGAUUUGUCUACUAUUAGCAGAAAUGGUCAUCUGUGUGUUUGGGAAUGUUCUGUUCAACCUGAGGAACUUUCAGAGUAUCAAGCACCACUAAAAAAGAGCAAACAAACAAAUACAAUUAAUGAGGAAAAUUAUGUCGAUACUGAAAAAAUGGCAGAAUUAUCAAUGGAUGAGGAAAUAGAUUCAUCGCAGACUGUUGAUACAAAUAAAAAUGUUACUCAAGAAGUUCAGCAUCAAGGCGAGAUAAUUAAAUUAAAAUACAAACGACUUGGAAGGCAUUAUUUAGCAGACAUUGCUAAAACUGAAUCAAAAGACGUAAUUUUAACUUCUGCUGCGUAUCAUUCACAAAGUCACAUUCUUGUUGUUGGUUUCAGUAAUGGAGGUUUCUUUCUUUACGAACUUCCAAGUGCAAUUCUUAUUCAUUCUCUCAGUAUUCCCAAUCAAUGUAUUUCUACAAUUUCUAUUAAUUGUACCGGUGAUUGGAUUGCUGUGGGAUGUUCAGAAGUCGGUCAACUAUUAGUUUGGGAAUGGCAAAGUGAAUCCUAUUGUCUCAAGCAGCAAGGACACAGUAAUAAUAUGACUUGCCUUUAUUACAGUCCAAAUGGUCAAUUCAUAGUAACAGGUGGUCACGAUGGAAAAGUCAAGUUAUGGAAUACUAUGAAUGGAUUUUGCAUCGCUACUUUUCAAGAACAUACUUCUUCUAUAAGUGAUGUUACAUUUAGUCAUAAUCAAAAAUUUAUUGUUUCCUCAUCAUUAGAUGGAAGUAUUCGUGCUUAUGAUUUAGUACGUUAUAGAAAUUUCAAGACAUACACAUCUCCAAAGCCAGUUCAAUUUUCUUGUCUUGCACUUGAUUCAAGUGAUGAAUUUCUUGCAGCUGGUGGACAAAAUGUUUUUGAAAUUUAUCUAUGGAGCGUUAAAACAGGUAGUCUGAUGGAUAUUUUAAGUGGACAUGAAGGUCCAGUAGUCAGUUUAGCAUUUAAUCCAAAUUUAGCUAGUACCCAAUUAGCCUCAGCAUCUUGGGAUAAAACAGUGAGAUUAUGGAAUGCUAUUGAAAGUGGUUCUAAUUAUGAAUCCAUUCAGUUAACAGGUGAUGCAUUAUGUGUAGUUUUUAGACCUGACGGUAAAGAAGUGGCAGUUGCUACAUUGGAUGGUCAAAUAUCAUUUUUCCAUUCUGAAACGGCAGAACAAACAGGAAAUAUCGAAGGAAAAAAAGAUUUAGGUAGUGGACGUUCUACUACUGAUUUAAUUACUGCUAAGAAAAGUCUCGAAGGAAAAGCAUUUACAUCAUUAUGUUACUCAGUCGAUGGAACUUGUAUACUUGCUGGUGGUCAUUCGAAAAAUGUUUGUCUCUACAAUGUUCAGGAAUCGAUUUUAUUGAAAAAAUUUGAAGUGACUCAAAAUAUGUCUUUAAAUGCAGUUUCCGAUGUUUAUAAUAGGCGAAAGAUGACUGAAUUUGGUUAUGCAAAUUUAAUUGAGGAAAGGGAGGAUAAUGAAGGAGGCAAUGUUAAAGUGCGAUUACCGGGAGUUGUAAUGGGAGACAUGGCGGAAAGAAAUACAAAACCAGAAAUUCGAGUAUUUGCUUUACAGUUUUCACCGUUGGGUCAAUCUUGGGCAGCAACGACAACUGAAGGUUUAUUAUUGUACUCCUUGAAUUCUGCUUUACUAUUUGACCCUUUUCAACUAGACCUAGAAGUAACGCCAGAGGCAAUAGACAACGCUUUGCAGUUAAACGAGUACUAUAAAGCACUGAUCGCAGCUCUAAAACUUAGUGAAAUUUCACAUAUACGAAAAGUUGUGGAAAACAUUCCUCUAUGCGAUAUUUCACUUACACUAUAUAAUCUACCCCAUGUAUAUGUGGAAAAACUAUUGACCUUCAUUGCUGAUGAAUUGGAAACAACUAAGCACGUACAGUUUUAUUCAAAAUGGGUCAAUACUAUUUUUACUGAAAGAGGAGAUCUUAUUAACACAUUGACUUUAAUGCCUGUUUUAAUAAUGUUACAAAAAAGUAUGCAGGAAAAGUAUGAUUCUCUCAGUAAAUUAUGUGAUUUUAAUCAAUACACAAUGAAGUAUUUCAACAAAAUGGGAAAAUUGAAAAAAUUACAAGAUACUUCAAUUGAUGAAAUUAAUUUGGACGUAUCUUAAAUUUUUUCUGGAAAAAGUAAUAAGAAUUAAUUGGAAAUAUAAUGCAUGAAUUGAAAUUAGAACAGUCCAUAUGGUUUGAUAUUUUGAUACUUCAGUAAUUUGUGUAUAUUUCUGUAAAUGAUUUAGAAAGUAAUUUUAAAUAAAAAUAUUUUAAAAUAACAAAAAAAA